GUUGACCUUCACAUCGUCGUCCUUUAUCCAUUCUCGCCCGUGCGGCUACGACUGUGUGUUGACUACGCUUUCACAUCCAUCCAGCAUUAGUACCGUCAGUAUCUCAUCGACUGGAGCGAUCGCGUCUGGGCAGAUACCAGACAAGACGCAUUGUCUCUCAUCAACAUGGCGCAUCAAGGACAAGCCGCCGAUUACUACAACAAUCAGCAACAACAGUACGGAUAUCAACAGCCUGGCUAUCAACAAUACGCUCCGCCCCCAGGGCCUCCCCAAGGCUACCAAUCAUACCCUCCCCCGAAUGCCCAUCCUCAGAACCACCAACAACAAUAUCAACCUCCCCAACAGCCACCGCCUCAGCAGCAACAGCAAAAGUACGACCAGCCUCCGACGAACGGCGUACAGUUCAACGCUCCUCAAGAUGAAAAGCAGACAUUUCAAGACACUUUCAAGAUUCAAAAGCCCAAAUACAAUGACGUCUGGGCAGCUUUACUGCUGAUUGCGACCUUUUGCGGAUUCGUGGCAGUCUCAGGACUUACACUCUAUCGAUACUCGAAAUACCAUCGCUUCAAUGGUGGAGGCAUCUAUGGCUCCAGCAAUGAUUUUUCUCUCAACACGAACACCAUUAUUCUUUUCGCAUUCGUCCUUGCCGUGGGCUUCGUCGUCAGCUGGGCAUAUUUCCUUGCCGCUCGAGCCUUCACGAAACAGUUUGUCUGGCUUACUGGCAUCCUCAACUGUGUCAUGGCAGUCGGAACCGCCGUAUACUAUUUGUAUCGGCAUCUGUGGGGAGCUGGCAUUAUAUUUGCCAUUUUCGCCGUCUUCGCCAUCAUCUGUUUCAUCAGCUGGAUCCCACGCAUUCCUUUCGCGGUGUGCAUGCUCCAGCAGGGCAUGGACAUCGCUCGGAUGAAGCGUGUCCACGUAUUCAUGGUCAGCCUCAUUGGUGGUAUCGUGAGUGUUGCCUUCGCUGCAUGGUUUUCGGUCACGCUGGUCGCCAUCUACGUGUCAUACGAGCCUAGCAACCCCGGCGCAAACCCGAAUCCAUCUUGCGCUGAUGGCGGUUGUUCCAGUGGGAAAGUCAUCGGCCUUGUCGUUUUUGUGACGUUCGCAGGAUACUGGAUCUCAGAGUUCCUCAAAAAUCUCAUUCACACUGUGGUUGCUGGUGUUUACGGAAGCUGGUAUUUCUGUGCCGGAAAGCCUGGUGGGAUUCCAAAGGGCGCCACCAUGGGCGCUUUCAGACGAGCAUCAACCUAUUCCUUCGGCUCGAUUUCAUUUGGCAGUUUGAUAGUGGCAAUCAUCAACAUGCUUCGACAAGCUUGCAGCAUCGCCCAGCAGCAGGAGGCGACGGACGGUAACAUCAUCGGCACCAUCAUGUUUUGCAUUCUCGGCUGCAUGAUUAACAUCCUCAACUGGCUGGUCGAGUUCAUCAACAGAUACGCCUUCUCCCACAUCGCCCUGUACGGCAAGGCCUAUAUCCCAGCGGCCAAAGACACGUGGAAGAUGAUGAAAGACCGUGGAAUUGAUGCAUUGGUCAACGAUUGUCUUGUCGGGCCAGUCCUAACUAUGGGUUCCAUCUUCGUGGCAUAUCUAUGUGCGCUCUUGGCUUAUCUCUAUCUCGAGUUCACCAAGCCUGCUUACAACGAUGGCCGGACGUUCACGCCCGUUAUCAUGGCCUUUGCCUUCCUCAUCGGACUGCAGAUUUGCCAGACCUUCAUGACCCCGAUCGGAUCAGGAGUCGACACUAUUUUCGUUGCGAUGGCUUGGGAUCCGCAAGUGGCAAUGACGGAUCAUCCAGAAUUUUACCAGCGCUUGGUGCAUGUCUACCCACGAGUGCAGGAUGUUAUUCACGUUUGAACAGUUCGGAUUUCACAUGACGAUCGCUGGAUCAUCGUUACGCUGUAUUUCGGAAUGCAGUCACUUGCGGCAUCUAUUGUUAUUCCCAGUCCAACAAGGAGGAGCCUUCAGAGGCAGUCUUAUCUAGUCAUCCGGCAUUCGAGCCGACUUUGCCUAGGAGAAUUAAUCCUUUUUGCCUAUACUCGCGUAUCAGAAUCAUUCCAACAUGUCAAGCGAUAUCUCUUCUACUGCAUUAGAACGAACUAACACGCCACAGCUCUUCGGUU